GGGGUUUCCCUAUGUCUUUUGCUUGGUUAUCUCCUCAAAGCUGGUGCUGGGGCUACUUGUGUUCCUGUCAAUUGUCUGAGAUGUAACACCACAGAAAAAACUCAGUCAGAGCCUUGUACACACUGCUCAAACAAUCUAACACAGUGCAUCAGUGAUAUUCCAUCAGACUGCAAAAAAGACUUUCAGGUUUCUGUCAACAGCACUGGAUCCAAGCUUCAGGAGGGCGAUGCCGUCAAUCUAACAUGUGUCCAUAAUCUUCCCGAUUUGAUUUUGACAUUUGUGUGGAAGAGGGAAGGAAUGGAAAUUCUGAGAGGCCAAAACAAAAGCGUGCUGUUUCUCGAAAAAGUGUUGACGCAUUGCAACGGCCAGUACAUCUGCUUUGUGAAGAGCCUGUGUGGCGAUUACGAGUCUGCGCCACACGAUGUCACUGUAGAGAACAAGUUUGUGGUGACCGUUGUGAUCUGUGGUGUGUCCGCUUUAGUCCUGGUCUUGGUUUUGGGGAUGUCCAUGAAGUUCAAGCUGAGAAGAGACAACAUUAAACACAAAGAGAGACUGAAGCAGAAGGCUCUGGCGGAGCAGAGGGCCGCUUCAGCUCCAUUCCCAACACCAGAGACAUAAAUAAGAAGUAUUCCACUCUUGAAAGUCAUGAAUAGUGGUAUUGUUUCAUAAUUUGCUGUUGUCGUAUUUAAUGUAUUAAUAAAACCUCUUUAAUCUCUGUCUUUAAGGCUAAGGCUGUGUGAUCAACUGAGGUUACAAGCUUAUGUAUAGCAGUUUCCAGACCAGGGUGGAUCUUUUGUUUAACACAGCACUUAUGUUAACCCCGCCCACUGACCAGGAAGCCUGUUCAGUUGAGGAAAAGAAUCUAGAAAUGUUUUAAUCCAGACACAGGACAGGCUCGCUCAAACUAAUCCCUCUGAAGGCUCUACUCACAGGAACGCACACUACAGACGACCCAUACACAGCAGUUUUAUAGCGGCUGGCAUGUAAUGGAUAUAUGGGAUGAUAAUGUUAUCCACUCCUCUCCAAGAGAGGGAUGGAUGUGGGAUUUGAGAGUUGAUUUAUGAUUUAUGAACACAGAAAUAAUAAAUUCCCUGGUUCAACAACAUGGUAUAAUCCUUUGAAGUGUAUGUGUUAAGCUCUAUGCACGCUGUCACUUCUAAUGAUGCUCUUAGGGUCUUUGUUUUUCUGCAUUAAAACCAAGUUUUCCCAUUCAGCCAUAUGGCAAAAUCUCUGAACUUGCUUUUCUAUUUUCUUUUCAUAAUAUCCAUGUGAGUGUGUCAGAACUGUUUAUACAGUUUCCUCCUAUAGCAGGUGGCUAAGGGAUAAUCCAGGUAAAGCCUAUGCAAAGUGGAGAUGGAGGGAAGGUGGGGGGGGGGGGGGGGUGAAUAGGAUGGCCUUUGCAUAGAUGACUAGGGCUAAUUCUGGCCUCCUAAUCCCAGUCCCAUCCACCCUCCCCCUCUUCCUGCUCGCUAACUCCACGACGACAGUGAGGAGCAAUCAAUUGACGCCCAGGUGGACAUUACUAUCACAUACACACAUAGCACUUAACCCACUGAAGUUUACAGAGGAGGAAGAGGGAAUAGACGGGCUGCUGGUACUUUUUCUGGAUAACUAACACACCUGUGAGCUUCACUGGAGAAUGUAGCUGCAGCUCUCCAGCCAAGCCACAGGAAACACGCCACCAUGGGAGAAGCUCAAAGGGGCUUACUCUCUGUCAUUGAGAGACUGAAGGGAUCCACAGAGCAGGAGGUCAGGAUAGUGCUUCUGGGGUUGGACAACGCCGGCAAAACUACCCUGCUGAAAAGCCUCGCCUCUGAGGAUGUGAACACCAUCACACCAACACAGGGCUUUAACAUAAAGAGUGUUGCCUCUCAUGGCAUGAAACUCAAUGUUUGGGACAUUGGAGGACAGAGGAAGAUCCGGCCCUUCUGGAAGAAGUACUUGGAAAACACAGACCUGUUGAUUUAUGUCAUUGACAGUGCAGACAAGAAGCGGUUUGAAGAGACAGGACUGGAGCUGUCGGAGCUGAUUGACGAGGAGAAUCUAAAGGGCGUUCCAGUGCUCAUCUUUGCCAAUAAGCAGGAUCUGGCCACAGCGUCAGCGGCCAGUGAGAUCGCAGAGGGACUCAACCUGCAUACGUACCGGGACCGGGAGUGGCAGAUUCAGGCCUGCUCAGCUGUGUCUGGGGAGGGAGUUCAGGAUGGCAUGAACUGGAUUUGCAACAACAUUGUGAAUAAGAAGAAAUGAACCAGCGUCCCAAACAACACUGACCAGAGAGUCAAACAGAGAACAUGCAUCACAUAGGGGAUAAAAAAAAACAUGUCACUUCAUUUGAUAUCAACACACUUCACCGAUCACGGAUCCUGCUCCCCUCACAGAUUUGAAUGAUAAUUUUGUUUUUACAAUUUGUGUCAUUUUUAUGAAUAUUUUGCAAAUGUAGCUCCUUAAAAUAAAUAUUUUAGCUACAAUAAGUGAAUUAGUCACUUAUUGAUCAUUGUUCUGUCCUACAAAUGUAUGUGUUUG